AUAUGGUCUCCACUAAAACUCGAACCCAUCCCUUUUAUAUGGGAGUGCAAUCAGGUGACACUAAACAAUCGGGUGACAAUAGUUGUUUAUUUAUUUAUUAGGCCAACUGAAUGAAGGAUCCAACAAAACCACAAAACAUGCUUUUUGCACACUGUAAUAACAAGAAGAAGCUCCACGACCAUUUCUAAGGCUUCAAUGCAUUUACAGAAAUGUUCACUCAAAGAACUCAAAUCUCUCUUAUUGACAUGUAAAGAUAGAAUAUCCAUUUCCAAAAUCCAUACACUUCUGAUAUCAUCUGGGCUUUCAACCCAUGGAAUUCUAAAUUCUCAACUAAUUACAUCCUAUGCAAAAGUUGGUGACAUCGAGUUCGCUCGGAAAGUGUUCGAUGAAUUGCCCAAGAGAGGCAUUGAUGCUUGGAAUACGAUGAUCAUUGCCUAUUCACGGAAGGGGCACCCUUGUGAGGCUAUAAAUCUGUAUAAAGAAAUGAUCUUUGCUGGUGUAAAACCCGAUAGCUCAACUUUCACAGCAGCACUCAAGGCCUGUACGAUACUGUCAGACUUGGAAUUGGGUGAACAAAUCUUGCAGAAGGCCCGCGAGUGUGGAUAUGAAAACGAUGUGUUUGUUGGGUCCUCAAGUUUGAAUUUUUACUCAAAAUGUGGUAAGAUGGCCAGUGCAAUGAGUGUCUUUGAGAAAAUGGAGAGGAAGGAUGUUGUUUGCUGGACUACCAUGAUCACAGGCUUUGCACAGAGUGGUAAAGCGAGAGAGGCAGUGGAGAUGUAUCAGAGGAUGCAGAAAGAUGGUUUGGAAGGCGACGAGGUUGUGAUGUUGGGCUUGAUUCAUGCCAGUGCUAAUCUUGGUGAUAUAAAGUUUGGUUGUUCAAUUCAUGGUUAUAUGAUCCGAAAAGGUCUUCCCAUGAAUGUACUUGUGCAGACUAGCCUAGUCGAUAUGUAUGCCAAGAAUGGAGAGCUAGGGCUGGCUUCCCGCGUGUUUAGGAAACUGCAUUGCAGGAACUCUGUUUCGUGGAGUGCUUUGAUCUCCGGGUAUGCUCAAAACGGACUAGCUGAGGAUGCACUCAAGCUGUUAGUGGAGAUGCAGAACGAAGGAUUUGCCCCCGACAUGGCUUCACUAGUUAGCGCGCUUCUAGCGUGCUCUCACAUUGGCUUUUCGAAAUUGGGUAAAUCGGUUCACAGUUACAUUCUAAGAAGGUCUGAGAUGAAUCGGGUUUUGGGCACUGCAUUGAUUGACAUGUAUGCAAAAUGUGGACUUAUUGCUCGUGCACGAACCGUUUAUGAUCGCUUGAUUCUCAAAGACUUGAUAUGCUGGAAUGCAAUUAUAGCAAGCUAUGGGAUUCAUGGACUUGGAGGAGAGGCUCUAUCCCUUUUCUGUCAGAUGAAGGACACAAUCGAGCCUGACCAUACAACUUUUGCUGCUUUAUUUUCUGCUUUGAGUCAUUCAGGUUUAGUGGACGAAGGGCGGUAUUGGUUUGAUGCCAUGAUCAACCAAUACAAGAUUCAACCAACCGAGAAACAUUAUGCUUGCUUGGUUGAUUUAUUGGCUCGUGCUGGACAGGUCGAGGAAGCCAAAAAACUGAUCAGUUCUAUGCAAAACGAACCGGGGAUUGCUGUCUGGGUUGCCCUACUGUCUGGCUGCCACAACCACAAAAAAUUUCUGAUUGGGGAUUUGGCAGCAAGGAAAGUACUCGAGUUAAAACCCGACAGUCUUGGGAUUUACGUGCUAGUCUCCAACUUCUUCGCUGCAGCAAAGAAGUGGGAAGAAGUAGCCGCGGUGAGGAAGUUCAUGAGAGGGACCGGGAUGAAGAAAGUCCCCGGUUACAGCCUCGUGGAAGUAAAUGGCAGACUCCACGCGUUUCUCAUGGAAGACAAGAGUCACCCUCAACACGAUCAGAUAGCCGCGAUGUUACGGAAGCUGGGGCAGGAGAUGGCAGCCAUGGGGUAUUCUCCAAAGACAGAAUCCGUGUUGCACAACGUCGAAGAGGAUGUGAAAGUGGCAAUGCUGUGCAGUCACAGCGAGAGACUUGCCAUCGCCUACGCGCUCUUGAACACAGUCCCGGGAGCGAGAUUAAUGGUCACGAAGAACCUCAGGGUCUGUGGGGAUUGCCAUGAAGCAACCAAGUUUAUCUCCAUAAUUGUGAGAAGAGAGAUCAUUGUGAGAGAUGUGAAGAGGUUUCAUCACUUCAAAGAUGGUGUGUGCUCUUGUGGUGACUACUGGUAAAGUGGUAAAUAUGUUGCUUACAAAUAGUUCUAAACAUUUAUUAAAAGUUGCCUUCAAUAUUAAAAAAAGAAGAUUGGGACUAAAGUUUUGGGCCUUUUAGUGUUGUUAUAGUUGGCUUGGGACGGUGGAUUCCGUGUGGUUGAGACUGAAAGUGAUUCGGGAUCGAUUGUUAAGUGGUUGAAUGUUGCUAUAAUUGGCUUGGGAUGGUGGAUUCUAUGUGGUUGUAAUUGUAAGUGAUUCGGGAUUGAUUGUUAAGUGGUUGAAGAUUAAGAGGUUUUCACGAUUUAUGUUUAAUAUGAUUGAAUCAUGCAAUCGAGAGAUGGGACAUAAGUGGGAAACCCAUGUAAUUUACAUCUAUAGAGAAUUAGAGCAACACCACAGUGUGUUCAAGAUCGACACCAUGUGAGAUGUUUAGUGGUCUUCUUAGUUUGAGUUGACUAAGUGGUCAACUAUGGACCAUUUAUUGGCUAUAGUUGGCUUGGGAAUGUGGAUUCCAUGUGAGUUGUGACUAAAAGUGAUUCGAGAACGAUUGUUAAGUGGUUGAAGAUCAAUAUAUUCUUACGGUUUAAUGUUUAA